UUGUGGGUAUCUUGUGUUUCCUGAUAGACUCUGACAGACAGUCAGCUGCUGCAGGAAAGUUUUGACAUAGUUUGAUAGCUUCCCGUGUCUAGUGUUUAUUAGAUGUUAGCUUGUCGGAACUUCAUUUCCGGCGUGCGCUUGUCAUCUAUCAUCGAGUACCGCCCGGUAAACCAAUCCGGUUCAUAGCUUUAUAUUUAAUUUAAAACGAAAAAAAGCAAGAACAAAACAACUGGUCACUUGGAGCAACUUUCGGAAUGAGUUUGAACGAGCACUCGUUACAGGCUCUGUCAUGGAGAAAACUGUACUUGAGUCGAGCCAAGUUAAAAGCCACCAGUCGCACUUCAGCUCUGUUGUCGGGCUUCGCAAUGGUUGCCAUGGUGGAGGUACAGCUGGAGCGGGAGGAUACGUAUCCUCCAGGGCUGCUCAUAGCCUUCAGUGCCUGUACUACAGUUCUAGUUGCAGUGCACCUCUUUGCCCUGAUGAUCAGCACCUGCAUCCUGCCCAACCUCGAGGCCGUCAGCAACGUUCACAACCUCAACUCUGUCAACGAGUCUCCCCACGAGCGCAUGCACCGCCACAUAGAACUGGCCUGGGCUUUCUCCACAGUCAUCGGCACCCUCCUCUUCCUGACAGAGGUGAUGCUCCUGUGCUGGGUGAAGUUCUUACCCCUCAAAACCGUGGGAAAAAACGAGACCAUAAGUUCUGGUGAGGCUGCAGCCAUUGCUUCCACUUGCAUCAUGGUGCCUUUUGGAAUUGUUUUUAUUGUGUUCGCCGUCCACUUUUACCGCACACUGGUCAGUCACAAAACGGACCGACAGAUCCGAGAGCUGGAGCAGGUCAUUCGGCUCCAGAACCAGCUCGACCACAGGGCUGAGAAUGACGACCUGAAGGCAGCUGUUCAUUUCCCUUGAUCAUAGCCAAGCAGCAUACAACAACACCGGACAUUCAGCAGUGCUUUUAUUAUGAAAUCUCCUCUUAAAGCUUUAUUUUUAAUGUCUAAGAACUAUACUCGGAUGCUUUUUUUUUUUUAAUUGCAAGCUUCAUCUGUCGAGUGUUGCAGGUUUUGACUCAGUCCACUUUUGGAUAAUGCAUGCGCACCAACUUCAACCUAUUAUAUAUUGGGAAAUACUUUUACCUUUAACUUGAAGGUACAUCUUUUGCUCUCAGGUACUAGCAUUUCAGUGGCUUACAGAAUAACAUAUCAUACUCUAACAUUACACAUUUUAAGGCUUAAGUCUCUAAAGGACUUCUCAUGGGCACUUGAGUGCAUCUGAGUGAUACCCAUUCAUUUUGCUUUUUUUAUGAAGUAACAGUACAAAGCUGGCUACUGAUGGUAUCAGAAACAUGUACUAUAGUAAAGAAUAAUUUGUUGCUGUUUAGUUGUAAACAACAGUACAUAAUAUCAUCCAUACUUGUAAAAUCUGGGUCAAAUUGAAGAUCCACGUCAGAGCCAAACAAUAACAAUAGAUUAAAGGUGCACUUCCUUCUUUGUUUGAAUAUGACAAGGCAAGAAAUUCUUUUCAAUAUUCAUGUAGGUGAUGUCUGCAAUGAACAGUGGUGCUGUCCUUUCUUCAGGUUUUCUUUUAGUAAUUUGCUGGCUAUCUUAGCUGUAACUCUUUUUGCUGGCCUAUUUUAGCUGAAGCUAAAACUCUCUUUCUUUAAACUUAUAAGUUUAAGGAGUUCAUUCUGUGCUACUGAUGGAGGUAUACUGUAAAACCUGUCACCACCACAGCAUCCACCUGUGGACUUUAUAGCAUCAUGAUUUCAUUUGAAUUCUUCUGUUCUUUCACAAGCCUGGCUUUAAAUCAGGUUCUGUAGGGAGCAUUACCAAGCCUUUAUCAUCAAUACAGACGUUCAUAUUCAACAUGUGAAUUGUCUGAAUUAAAUGUCAUUUGUAUUAGAAUCACAAUCUCCUUGCUUUCAAACCAAAAUUAUGGAAGGAGUUGCAUCCUUUCAAAACAUUCUGCAGUCCUUUGUGCGCUGGUUUUGUUCAUACUCACACAUGCAUCCUCACUGGACUGAAUGGUUGCUUAACUUUUUAAUUUCCCCUAGUUCCCACUUUUUUUAGGUUGUGUCGUAUGUUUGCACCUUUCAUUUUCCCUCAGAAAGAUUUUUCAGUCUUCUGAACAAUUUCAAUUGUACCACUUGCACAAUCCACGUUUUGAAGAUUAUGAUUUGAGCAAAACACUGUUCUCAGCUCUCUAUCAAAACAAAUAAAAUUAAUUAAUGUUAACAUCCAACAGUAUUUGUGUGCAACCUGAGGAAACAUUUCUUUAAAAUAAAUGCUGGCCAGGGAAUGCUUUUAACCAAAUUGUGUUAUUGCAGUGCACAUAUUUUUAUAGUGACGGUAUGGUGAGGAUGAAUAUGAAUAUUUAAGGGCAGCAUUUUGAGCUUGAUGGUUGAGUUUGUGUAAGACAGAUUUUUCUUCUCUCAGAGGAGUCAUGCUCUUGUAAAACAAUAUUGGGUGGAAAUUUGAGAAAUCUGCUCAAUUUUAAAGUUGCUUUUGCCAUUCUGUAAUCCAAAAAAGUUACUGGUUUUGAAGAAGUAUUGUUAAAUGUAUUAUUACAACAAAUGCACAUAUGUGAAAUUUUGUGUAUAAAUUUGUAUGUUUUGUACUAUGAGUAGUUUACAAGCUUGAGCAUGUUCACACAUUGUUUAGGUUACAGAUGUUUUUAAGUGUGUUGUCCUGUGGUGCAUUGUUGAAUUGUUCCUUUUGGAUUUUGACCAUUUUGUUUACUUUUGUUUUUGUUUUUAAAAUUGGCACAGAAACUCAGAAGAAGUACAGUCAUGUAGUGUUGGAGAGAAAUUCAUUAUCAGUAGUUAUUCUCUCAUGUGAUGCUGUCAUUUUCAUAUCUCAGAUUCUACAUCCCAGAAUAUGUUGAAUUAGCAUAAUCCUACACAACAUGAAAAUAUGCAUUUUUACUAGUAAUAGUAAUACUGUAAUACUGUGUUUAUACCAAAGUAAUGCUAUGAUCAUUAUUGCAAUAUCAGUUUUGUCUUUCUUAUCCACCUCCUACACAUGGUUUAUGGUGAGUCAUGGUAAUGUAAUAGCUUCUGUAGACCACAAACUCCCUAUAUUUGCAUUUGAAUGAUCCUGACCAGAUGAUUAUAUCUCUGGGACACAGAACAGAGAACAAGGAGCUGAGACUAUAAAUGAUGAUUACAACUCUCCAACACACUGCCAAUGGUGUUUCUGUUUUUUAAAUGCAGGUUGUCUGCACAUACUCAUAACACUUCUAAUGGGAAUAUUCUACAUGUGCUUUCUUUAAAAAUAGAUGAAUGCAAGCAGAGGCAUGUUUCUUUGGUUCAUUUUUGUGGUUUAUUUAUUUAACCCAGUGUAUGUUACUGUAUAUAGGGAGGUUCCACUGUUUGUGUGAAUACACAGCUUUAAAGUGAAUUAUUAGCAAAUACUGUAUUUUUAAGUUUUACUCGUGUGGUGUUAGCAGCUCAAGAGGCUGCAGCUUUUUAACCUGGGAGGAUUCACCAGGAUCUACAUUGCCAGUUUGAAUAAAACAUAUUUGAGAUGA